UAAUGGCCCAGUAACGUCCCAGGCGAGGGCUUGCCUUUCCUAGUGCAGUGCUGGAGGUCCUCGACCAGCACCACCUCUAGGACCACCCUGUCGGUGCCUCCGCGGAGACGACGGCAGCGGAGAGAUCGCCGCUCAAAGCUCGAGGAGAGUUUGGAGGCCAGGCUGCCUCCAGAGGGGCGCCCACCUCCCCUGGACGGCUCUGCUCAGCCUCCCUGUCCACGCCUGCUCCCGCUCUGACAGCACCUUCUGCGGCCACCGCUUUGGUGGAGAGCGGGUGCCCCGUCCUCCUGCCCUGCGUUUCUUUCUUUGUAACUAAGUGGAUGAACAGUUUUCAGACCCGGUGUUAACCUCUUCUUUGGGUUUUGGUGUUCUGUUAGGUUUUGAGUUUGCUAGAUGUUCAUGGUUAACAAACUUUGACAGGACUGUCACAGGCGUUCACCACACCUGAAUUUGUUUGUUAUUAAUUUAAUUUGGCUUAUUAAAAAAUACCUGUGUUUGUGUUUCUCAGUGACAAAGGGACGCAGGCCCGGGGGAGCAGGUGCAGUGCUUCAGUUGGAAGUGGGAGGCGGAAGGUCGCGGCCUUUACACUGGGAAGCGGGGAGGGGGGGCUCUACGCCCUUAUGAAUCCCUGCAGCUGGUGGGAAGAGGAGGCUCCCACGUUCGUGGAGGCUCUCAGUUAUGCAGUGACCCCCUUCAGCCCCUGCCAUGGCUGGAAGGAAACCUCGUCGUCGUCAUAGAAAAGAGGUUUGUCCAUAGAGCUGCUCAUUUCAGCCCCCAGGACUGGCUGUCCUGGAACAAGGGAGGAACGGCCUUUAGGGUGGCCCUGGGAAACGCUAAGGCUGCUGGUGCGCAGAGCUAGUGGCUCCAUCCCCAAGAAGGCCUCAAGAAGGAAAGUGAUCCUCAGGCUGGUGAGCGUGUGGGUGCCUGGACUCCGUGGGAGCAGACGGCCGGGGCCCAGGUGGAGGCCUGGCCAUCCCUGUGUGCCAGCCCUGCCCCCACCCCCACCCCAGAGCAGCCUGAGUGGGUGGCAGAUCCUGGCGAUCCUGGGGCAUUCUGCCAAGGGCAUGGCUGGGGCGUCCAGGACUGGGUGCCUCCCAGUCUGCGUCUCUGUGCUCUGGUCCUGCAGCCCUGCUGUGUGGGGAGAGGCAGUCAGCGCGGAUGUGCACGGCUGAGCUGUGCGUUGCCGCUGCAAGGCCCAGCCACCCCUGUGCAGCCCUCCUGUGGCUGGCCACACAGGUUGGUGAGUGGUAAAGGCGCCCAUGGUGCGUCUUCCUUUGCAUGACACCUCAGGCUGGCCAGUCAUGCUCACCCAGCAUGGAAAUGCGCUGUUCUCCAUCCUGGGUGCCACCGCGGUCCUCUGAGGGGAUAGCCCUUUGGUUAUGAAGGAGCAGAAAAAGAAACUCUUCAAUGCACUGGAUAUUCUGGACAGAAAGAGGACAUGGGGAGGCGCCACCGUUUCCUCCCUGCCAGAAGCCUCUCCCCUCUCCUGCCAUGGCUGAUGAGCUGACCGUGGGGGGCUUCAGAGAGGACUGCAGACACCGUGCAUUCAGAUGGAGGCAGAGUACAAGUCCCCACGGCUGAGCUGGAACCAGCUGUCAAAUGUUCCAUGCAGGGGUGUCCCCAGGGCAGAACCAUGGGCUGCUGUGGCUGCUCCAGAGGCGGCGGCUCCUGCUGUGGGGGCUGCGGCUCCGGCUGCUGUGUGCCUGUCUGCUGCUGCAAGCCCCCGUGCUGCUGGGUGCCAGCCUGUUCCUGCUCCAGCUGUGGCAAAGGGGGCUGUGGGGCCUGUGGGGGCUGCAAGGGGGCCUGUGGGGGCUGCAAGGGGGUCUGUGGGUCCUGUGGCUGCUCCCAGUCUGGCUGCUGCAAGCCCUGCUGCUCCCAGUCCAGCUGCUGUGUCCCCAUCUGCUCCCAGUCCGACUGCUCCCAGUCCGGCUGCUGCAAACCCUGCUGCUCCCAGUCCGGCUGCUGUGUCCCCAUCUGCUCCCAGUCCAACUGCUCCAAGUCCAGCUGCUGUGUCCCCAUUUGCUACCAGUGCAAGAUCUGAGAUGCAGACCUCGGACCUCAGGUGAGUCCAGCCUCCCCAGGAAGCUACCAUCUCAGUUCUGGGCUGUCCUGCAGACCCGCAUCCUGAAGAACGGUGUCCCCGUCACAGUCCUUGGCCUGUCCUGUGCUCCCCUUUCCAGCUCUUCCCCACCACCCACCUGCCCCCUGAAAUCUCCUCCAUAAGCCCUUUGCCGGAUCUGGCUGUGGACGGGACCCUCCCUGUCCCCUGGCUCCCACCCACCCUGGAUUUCCCUCCACACCCCAUCUGAGCCUUGGAACAGAGAUUGGAACUGGGGGGAGAAGCAACCUCUGAGACUCAAGGUCCACCUGGACCUUCGAUCCCUUCAAAUAAAGUGCUCUGUACCUGCUGGCCUGCUCUCACUGUGAUUCUGUCCUGAGAUCUCAGCCGGUGGAUGCAGCUCUUCCAGAUUCUUCGGACAUGUUGUGAGUCUGUUGUGUCUCAUCUCAGCCCUCAGCUCCGCCGUGGGGACCCAGCAGUGGGGAGACCUAGGACUCUUGCCGAGGGCUCGUGUUCUGUGUAGGGUCGCCAGUCCAGCCCUCCAGUGGCUGCGAGGCUGCUCCUGUUUCGGCGUCUCACAGCCCCUGACCCCAGGCACAGAGCGGGCAUACACCUGGGGCAGGUUCUGGGCACAGGUGGCAUAGGCAGCACUGUGACCCAUCCGUCUGGUGUGACAGGAGGGCCAGCCAGGAUGGAGGGCCU